CGUUCCUUUCAGACCAGCAUAGGUGGUAUAGUAGCACGUUUAUCUUACUGUCAAGUCUCGGGAUCACCACACAGAAGCCCAUUGUAGCUCAUCCAAAGGUGUUAAAAACGUAUCACUACCCUCGGCAUAAGUGAGACCACCCCCGUAUCCACAAAGGACCUGUGUCGAAGAGACUCAACCGUCAACAUGGAGGCCUUGACUCGAAAUCCCACCGAGCUCUUGAGGAUUGUCAAUAUGGCGGUUGGAGGAGUCGCCAUCGCUGGAGGAGUUGGAUCACUGCUGAAUCACUCGUUCUCAAGCAUCAUCAUUGGCAUAUAUGAGGUCAUCGCCGGGGCCAUGAUUAUAUUCCUCGAAGUUCGGACUCCGACCGAAGAGCAUAAAGAGCUUGUUCAUCGUUAUGCUUCGUUCAUGCAUUCUUUCGUUGGGCGGGGUGUAUUCUACUUGUUGCUUGGAGUCCUGAUGCUCAAUUACUACACCAUCCUCUACAUAUGCGGUACCCUCGUUGGGGCUGUAGGCGUCGCCUACAUCGUCCUCCACUUCUUCCGCAUGGUCGAGCCUCCUUCGACCAUGCAGGCCCCGACCACAGAUACCGAAGCACAACCAGUGUGGCAGGGUCCUACGGAGUGAUGCGAAGGCAUGAUAGAACCGGGAGACGAUAGCAUUAUUUCGCGACUGCGAAAACCAUAGAGCGGGAGGCACAUAGACCUCUGAGUACAUUAUAGAAUGCCAUUCCAUGCCUUAUCA